CCUCAUAUAUGACGUUGGGUUGGAUUCUCAUUGGUUGUUUAGGCUUGGUCACAUGACCACACGCUCGAGAAGGCGUAGCCUAUUUGGAACGUAUUUGAUCUGGUAGUUUCUCAUUCUGGCAAUUGUAUUUUGUUUAUCCACAUGUAGUUGUUAAAAACAGUAGCCUAAUGUAACCGGUAAAUAACAUUAACGAUCAUUUACAUUAGGCAAUUUACUCCAUGAAAGAUUUCACACGGACUGUCCGCAUGAUUUCAGAGCCUUUUCUGAGCUGCAUUUUCUGAUCAGAAUCCUGAACAACUUUGUCAAAAGAGACAAUACUCUGUAACAAUGAUUUCUGAUAUUCCCUACGAGAAGAUGUGUGAUGUGGAGUCGAGGAGAGAAGAGUCCCGCAGGAAAGCACAGAUGUAUUAUAGGUGUCUGCUGGGUCUCACUGGGGUGGCCACCCUGCUAUUGGCUGCCCUGUUCCUCCAAACCCUGCUGCUUCCCGUGGUUAACUCCUCCCCAAACAAGCCCGGCUUCAAGCUCCCACUUCCUCUCACUGACACCUGCACCGACCCCUGCAAAAUCGUUCUAUUGGAGAGCAUCCCAGAGGGGUUAGAGUUCAACUCUAGUGUCACCAACCCAUCCAUCUACCAGGCUUGGCUGAACCUGAUUAGUGAGGCUCGCAGUAGCGUGGACAUCGCGUCUUUCUAUUGGACGCUCACCAACAAAGACACAGGCUCUCACGAGCCAACAGCGAAUCAGGGUGAGGAUGUCCUGAAUAGGCUAGCUCAGGUGUCGGGAAAGCUCUCUGUCCGCAUCGCUGUAAAUACACCAACAAAGUCCCAACCUCAGGAAGACAUCAAUCUCUUGAAAAGUUCUGGUGCUGAUGUAAGAGCCGUGAACAUGCGGGAUUUGACCACUGGAGUACUUCACACCAAGUUCUGGGUGGUGGACAACAAGCACAUCUAUAUUGGCAGUGCCAACAUGGACUGGAGGUCCCUUACCCAGGUGAAGGAGCUGGGGGCUGUGGUGUACAACUGCAGCUGCUUGGCUGCAGACCUGGGGAAGAUCUUCGAGGCCUACUGGUAUCUUGGGCAAAAAGACACACCCAUCCCGUCCCCUUGGCCCAGCAGUUUCAACACUCCUUACAAUAAGGACACGCCCCUGCAGCUGCCACUUAAUGGCACAGCCUCCAGCGUGUAUCUGUCGAGCUCUCCACCAUCUUUCUGUGCUGCCGGGAGGACCGGAGACCUGCAGUCUAUUCUCAGUGUGAUGGAGGACGCACGGGAGUUUGUCUACAUCGCUGUCAUGAACUAUCUGCCCACCAUGGAGUUUUCACAACCCAAAAGGUACUGGGCAGAAAUUGACACUCAGAUCAGACGCGUGGCAUACGAGAAGCGGGUGAAGGUGCGCCUGCUCAUCAGCUGUUGGGCGAGCUCUUCGCCUGUCAUGAUCCCCUUCCUGAAAGCCUUGGAUUCAAUGCAGGAACCCAAGGCCAAGCUGGAUGUCCAGGUGAAACUCUUUGUUGUGCCAGCCAAUCCCAAGCAGAAAGAAAUCCCCUUUGCCAGAGUCAACCAUAACAAGUACAUGGUGACAGACAAGGUUGCCUACAUAGGUACCUCUAACUGGUCUGGAGACUAUUUUGUGAACACUGCUGGAUCGGCUUUGGUGGUGAACCAAACGGCUGCCCAGUCAGCGGAGCCUACGGUCCAGGCACAACUACAGGCCGUGUUCGAAAGGGACUGGGACUCCGCCUACAGCACCCCAAUCCUCCAGCACACCGACCUCAAAAUGGUGUGUUAGAUACAAUACUACACUCUAGACCAGUGGUUCCCAACUCCAGUCCUCGACUACCCCCAAUAGCACACAUUUUUGUUGUUGACCCGGGCAAAA